UCAGAAUGAAAAUGUUUUCUUCCAUUGUUUGUCUGGGUUGGGUUGAUAUUCUCUAAGGGAGAGAGUUUGUUGGCGGUGGGAAUUAUCCAAAGAGAAAUAUUUUUCGCGGUAGCGCAUCCGGAUAACAUUUGAUUGCAGACACAUUUCUUCUAUUUAUAUCAUCCUCCCCACUGAAUGAACAGCCAACGACACACGCGGUUACGGCUUCGAUCGAGAGAACAAAUGGAACCAGAGGAAUCGGGCUGCAUUUCAUUGUCUAUCGUCCAGCAUUAUUAAUGAAAACAAAUCCGGCUCGAAUGAAAAACACUCUUUGACUGUGCCCGGACCGGAUCCGUAUCAAGUUCUUGCUGUGAAGAAGACAAAUUGAACUCAGUUCGGAAGACAUGGCUUCCCCUCGACCCGGCUUUGAAGCUAAAAAGCAGAAGAUUUUACGCGAUCUAUCUGUCCCAGAUGAGGAAUAUACAGACCUCUCACCCAAAGGAUCUGUAGAUGCGGGCAUCCGCGACUUGAUUCACAAUAUAAAUCAGAUACCGGGCUUGGUUACGACUAGCAGCUGCGCGGGAAGAAUCAGCGUAUUUCUAGAAGGGGGAGGAAGUGGAAGAGAAAGGACAAGAGUAGAAGAUAAUAAAAAUGUUUCUUUCAGAGAAAGUGAUCAAAAGACCAUAGAAGCGGAGGCGGAGAUCGGAGAGAGCUCAGCACAAAACGCACCACAGUUUGCCCCAACUGGUGGGAAAGGAAGUGGAAAAUGGUUAUUUGAAUCUCAUGAACCAGUGCAGAUAGAUCAGAGCUGUGAAGGUAAUUAUCUCCAUGGGAUAUUUCAUCUGGUUCCGGGGGACGAGAAGAUUGGGAUAGCAAACCAUUCUGGUAGCUUGAGACUUGUCCGCUUUCAUUUUGAACCCAUGAUUCUACACAUUAUGGCAUCAUCUCUAAAGCAUGCCCAGCCAGUCCUCACAGCGGCCACAACAGCCGGCUUUCGAGAAAGUGGCAUACAAAGCCUACGGUGUCUAGAUGAUACGGAAGCAUACCCUGUUGUGGCAGUUCGUUCCUCCGGACUUGCCCUUGAGUCCAUAAUCGGCUUCCACCAGCAAUCCAUCGGAAAUGAACGCGAGGAAGACAUUGUCAGGAGCCUAGUAUCUGAAGACUAUCUUCGCAUGUUGCUUGCAGCUGCAAAUGAGAGGUUUCAGACGAACGCAGAGCGGCGAGAGAGAUUUUGGACGAAAUUGCAGGAGCUUUGCAAGGGGCAUCCUGGUAAUAUUUCUUCGAGAAGGCCUGAUUGGGAAGAUCCUGAAGCGCGGAGGCAAAGGAAGAGGGCGGAGGGCUUAAGGCGGAGUAAAGCCGCCAUGGAAGCAAAGGCUGCUCAGAGUGGGCUUGAUACGUAUGUUGAGAUAAUGGGCGAGGAGGGUGAACCAUCAUUUCUGUAUCCUUGAUUCGGGGUUAAAAUAAUUCAAGAGAAUCUUUGAUUUUUGUUGUUGGCUGCCAGCCGCUUACUGCCUUUCUCAGUGGCAGUUGGCUAAUUGAUCUGAUUCGAGCUAUAUAUGAUACUCUAUGGUUGUGUAUAUAGUCAUCCAGCGGACUAAAAUAGUAUGAAGAUAUUGUGGAGCCAUGUUUCCUACAAUGUGUCGCCAUCUCUUCAAGUAACCCUACUGCGUACAUCUUUACUGAUCCCUUUGGAAGUAUGGUGGCUACCACUC